AACACCUUCACCAACACCAACGGUUGAUCCACGUUCACGUGUUGAAUUACUUGAACGAAAUCUUCGUUAUGUUCAACAACAACAUGAAAUAACUCUAAGUGAUUUACAUAAUGAAAUAAAUCGACUUCAACAAGAAAAUCGAGAUCUUCAUUUUCGUAUGGCUGAUAUUCGUCCAUCAUCUUCAUCUACAAAUAAACAACAUAAAACUGAAACAGUACCAAAUUUACAACAAUUAGCUGAUCUUUCACUAAAUGAACCAAAUCUUGGUAUGA